AUCAGUAGAUGACAUAACACUACAAAAUAAGAGCAUAAAUGUAGAAGCAUAUGGGGGUACAAAUAUUGAGGUAAUAGGCAUAACCAAAUUGAAAAUGAAGGUAUUAAAUAACAAAAACACCAUGUCUCAUGAACACUUUAUUGUUGCAACAAAUGAUGCAGUAUCCAUCUUAGGCUUAGAAACCUUUCUCAAAUUAAAAUUAAUAAACAGAACGCAAGAUGUGUUUAGAGGGGUAGGUUGUUUUAAGAACCCAUAUUCAAUUAAAUUAAAAGAAAAUCAUACGCCCGUAUCAAAACCACCACACAGAGUUCCAAUUAAAGUGAAAGAAAAGUUAAGAGAAGAACUAAGUCGUUUAACUGAACUUGGAAUUAUAUCUAAAAUUAACGAACCCACAAGCUGGGUAAAUAAAAUUGUAAUUGUUGAAAAACCAAACGGAUCAAUAAGAAUAUGUCUGGAUCCAAAGGAUUUAAAUAUGGCUAUAAAAAAAAAAUAYUUCUCGUUACCAACAUUAAAUGAUUUAUCAGCUGAAUUAGGAAAAUCGAAAAUAUUCAGUUGCUUAGAUUUAAAGGAUGGAUUUUUUCAUGUACUGUUGGAUAAGAAAAGCUCAGAAUAUUGUACAUUUUCUACAAUUUAUGGGUGCUACUCGUUUAAUAGACUACCAUUUGGUAUAUCAGUAGCCGCAGAAGUAUUUCAGAAGUAUAAUACAGAAUUGUUUAUAGAUAUAAAAGGUGUUUUUAUAUAUGUAGAUGACAUAUUAAUACAUGCGGAAACAGAAGAAGAACAUAAUAAAAUAUUAAUUGAAGUACUUGAAAGAGCUAGGGCAAAUAAUAUAAAAUUUAGUGAAGGUAAAAUAAAACCCGAUAACAGUAGAAUUUCGGCAAUAGAAAAUUAUGAUCAACCAAAGAAAUAA